ACGUUUCACUCUUGUUUUAGACCAGUGUUGCUAUGGACAGCCAGCAAAAGUGACGUUUCAUUGCUCGGUGUUUCAUAACAAUCAGUGUUUUCGUUUCCAGACGAUAUUGGCAUUUGAAAAUUUCGUUCGGUUUCUUACAGGUGUUAACAACUGUAAGGAAUCGAACCAGAAAAUCAUCUAAACCAAAGUGCCAAGCUUCACCACUGUUUCUCAUCGCAGUCAUUCCACUCCGCGAUAAACAUCUGAUUAUCGCCACUGAACCUCACAGAGUUGAUUCUUCCGUGUUGAAUGAGGCCAAUCUCCUUUCGACAGAAACCUCACUAAGACGAGGAAGGCCAAAAGGUGCAUUUCGUGAAGGUGAUGAAGAUCAGUGGUCGGACCACUUUCUGCUGUAAUAUGCCAGGCGUUUUUAUUGGCAUGACGAUAUAAAGUGUGAACUUCGGUUGCCGUUGGAAACUUUCAUAACUGAUUCUCAUAUGAAGUUAUUUAAUGCAUCUGUAGGUAAUAUUCACUCUCUAGCGUGACCGAAGAACACGUCUGUACUUCUAGCAAUGACGUUUUCCCCAGAAACUAGGCGAUCACUUAACCAGGAAACAUUGGUAAAGCUCACUGUACAACAACACUGGUGACCAAGAAUGUUUUUUGGUGGUUACGAUGAUGAUGACGAAGACGAUGUCCAAGAAACGAUUUCACAGCCGGACGAGUUAGAAAAUUUUGAAGACGUAGCUUCAGAACUUGACCUAGGCGAACCACCCAGUGAAGUCAAGGAAUUUGCAAGACUACAUCUCGGUGAAUCACCAGACACCUGGCAGGGUAUCGUGCAGGAACUUAGGAAUAUGAUUUACGAACGAGGCGACGUGGUGCCACGGAGGACAGAUGACGCGUUCCUCCGCAGGUUCCUAAGGGCAAGGCGGUUCGACGUGGAGAAAGCACAUAGGCUGAUGGUCAACUACUACACAUUCAAAGAGAACAAUCCAGAGUUGCACAAGGGUGUAGAACCCCUGAAUAUGAGAUUUAUAGGCGACGACGAUGUGCUGUCUGUCCUUCCAUAUCGCGAACAAACUGGGCGGAGAAUCAUGAUAUACAGAUUAGGCAACUGGAAUCCGAGCAGCUACUCUAUCGAUGAGCUUUUCAAGGCGACUGUACUUGUUCUGGAACUGGCAGUGUUAGAGCAGAGGGCUCAGAUUCUUGGAGGAAUUUGCAUCUUUGACUUACGAGGCAUAUCACUGCAGCACGCAUGGAACGUCACUCCUAGCGUCGCUAGAAGGACGGUCGAGUUGAUGGUGACUAGUUUCCCAAUAAGGACACAAGCAAUUCACUUUCUCAACGAGUCAUGGAUCUUUGACAUAAUUUUCGCAAUCUUCAAACCACUACUGGACGACAGGAUGAGAGAAAAGAUUUAUUUCCAUGGAGACGACCUGGAGUCCUUACACUCUCACAUAGAUCCCAAGUUUCUACCCAAGAGGUACGGCGGAAUGCGUCCUGAGUACAGCUACACGGAUUGGGUAGACAGUUUCGUGAACAACAAAGCUAUUCUUAAGGAAAUGGAGCAGCUAGGAUAUGAAUUUGACGAGGAAGAACUGAAGAAGGUAUUAGAAGACGCAAAAUUAGAAAUUAGUAGCAACAGCAACAUCAUCAUAACCAGAUAAGCAACAUAGCUGAAACAGCAGUAGUAUAGUCAUUAACAGUAACCCACGGCGCGUAAGAAACGUAUUUCUCCACUAACACGUUUAAGGAGAAUAUUUUUGGUUAAACAACAGUUUAUACCUUUACUAUAUUAUUAUUUGUUACCUACGUGUGAUGCAAAGUUUAAAAACAACUCAAGGCUUUCCAAUUUGUACGGUCGAUUUCGUCGUGGAGAAGUGAAGGGAGACUGUCUUUUGACGUCAUAAGAAUUUUUAGCUUUAGGAUCAAAAUAUUACUUACGUGUGUUAUUUGCACGAAGCACGGACAAUGAGCGUAUAAAGAGGACUUUGUAUGGUUCUGUCCAUGUUCUUGUCUCCAAAACUACUAAAGAGUAUCCAUUAUGUUUGGCAAUGCGAUCCAAACAAAAUGUUCUAUGGUUAAUUUGCUUUCGUAUCUCUUUUUUUUUUUUAUAAACAAGACAUUUAUAUGUAGCUCAAGAAACUAAUGAUAAUUUAAAAAAAUUGGUAUGUGAUACAUCAGAUUUCCAUUCCAUAUUUUUGACUUUUAAAUUAGUUUAAUCUUUAAUUAAUUAAUCUUGUCCGUCUAAUCACAAUUUAAAAUUUAAAAUUAAGAUAGUUAAAGUACCAUGUGAUGCAGCUUAUCGAAACAUUCGAUUUACAUUUGGAACAUGAUGUUAAUUAAUUAAUUUAAUUUUAUAUUUUAAAUUAUGAUUAGACGGACAAGAUUAAUUAAUUAAAUAUAUAUUUUCACAAUAUGACGCAACUCUAUCAUCUUAGUUUAAUCUAUCAAGUCUCUAAAAUGAGAGCAACUCGACGAAGGCCAAAUAAUUCAUUUCCAAACACACAUAUUUCUGUAAACAGUGCAAGCGUUUUGGAAUUACUCCUGCCUUCUUGCCAAGGCUUCGAUAACUUUUACAUUCCAAGAAUCAUUUCUUCAGGAUACAGCACUCUCCAGUACGAUAGUGAUGCAGGUUGUAUAAACACGCAAUUAUAGGCAUUACGAAGUACAUAUCCUUUGUUCUAACCCUUUGCUUGGAAAAUGUGACAUCGAGUGCAACUACGACUGUCGAAUUGUCGAGGAAUGAUUAUUAAAGCUGAUUCUUGAAGUACACAAAAAAAAGAAAGUGACGUUUUAUGUUUUGUUGAGUAAUAAUGUACGCUUAGAAGCUAUUUUAUGUAGAUGUCUGUUACCACUAGACGCCAAAUAAAAUGGAAGAUUAGCAUUUUAUAUUUGUUUAAGUAAGCCUUCUGAACUUUCAUUUUCGUUAUUUCUGAAUCCCGUGUUUUUGUUAUAAAUUUCAUGGCGUGUUACAGAUGACGAAGCAUUGAAAUUAGAUCCUUUUUGGACUGACACGAGAAACUCCAGUGUCUGAAUUCAUCAAUACCGAUAGAUUUCUAUAUUUACGGAAACUGAGGAAAAUAAAAUAUUCAGAGCAAUGAAGGGACGGAUAUAACCUCGAUUUUAUGAACAAAGUGACUGUACUGUGUAUAAACAAGCACAUUAAUAAUUUAUAACUCCGAGAGCACACAAAUUUUACUCUCUCACACACCAGUAACUAUAAUAAUUAUAACAAUUAAAAUAACCCUUUUGUUUCUAUGAAAUUAAAACCAACUGUAUAUAGGAUAAGUUAUGAUGUUAUAAAUUAUGUCGUAAGUUCUCUGACCGCUCGAUCAAAAAUGUUCUGAUCUCACGUUAAAGUAAAUUAAGACCCAUAAUCAUUUAUAAUUAAAUAAAGGUUACCAUAUGCACAAGAAACGCAUUACAAUAAUAAAUAAUGUAAAUUUUAUGAAUA